GGUGCCGCAGGAGAAGGUCGCUUCGCUCGCCCGCCCGCCCCGAGGGAACUCCCAGGUCUCGCUCAGCCGCUCGCGCAGUCCCGAGCACUCGGGGACAUGUCGAGGUGGGCGGACGCCCGGUGGGCCGGCGCCAGACGGCGGGCGGCGGCCGCGGCACGAGCGCCCUCCUCGAGCUUUCCCCGGAGACGCCUCCUCUUACACGCGCCCCGAGCCUGAAGGCGCUGCCGCGGCGAGGAGACAGCGGGAGCGGGACGCGCCGCUCCCCUUGAAUCUCCUGUGCUUCCUCUUCCCUCUUCCGCCUGCUUUCCCUCCCCCCUUUUCUCCUUUUCCUCCUCCUUUUCCCGUUUCCCAUUUUCUCCGUUUUCCCUUUCCCUCUUUUUCUCUCCCUUUUCCCGUGUCCAGUUUUCCCUUUUCCCUUCCCCAUUUUUUCUCUCCCGUUCUCCUUUUCCCUUCCCUUUUCCUCCCUUCCUUUUCCUUUCGUUCUCCGCCUCCUCCCUCUCCCCGUUCCCCGCUCCCCUUCCCGCUCCCAGGGACUCUCUCGCUGCCCCCCAGGACGCUGAGCUGCAGCCCCAGGAGCCGCUCUGGGAGUCUCACUCCGGGAGGAUGAAGCUGCUGGAGAACUCGAGCUUCGAAGCCAUAAACUCCCAGCUGACGGUGGAGACGGGGGACGCCCACAUCAUUGGCAGGAUCGAGAGCUACUCGUGCAAGAUGGCCGGGGAUGACAAGCACAUGUUCAAGCAGUUCUGCCAGGAGGGGCAGCCCCACGUGCUCGAGGCCCUGUCCCCACCCCAGACCUCGGGGCUCAGCCCGGGCAGGCUCGGGAAGAGCCAGAGUGGAGAUGAGGAGGGUCCCCUGAGCGACACGUGCAGCCGCAAGACCCUGUUCUACCUGAUCACCACCCUCAACGAGUCCUUCCGGCCCGACUACGACUUCAGCGCCGCCAAGAGCCACGAGUUCAGCAGGGAGCCCAGCCUCAACUGGGUGGUGAACGCGGUGAACUGCAGCCUGUUCUCGGCCGUGCGCGAGGAUUUCAAGGCGCUGAAGCCGCUCCUGUGGGACGCGGUGGACGAGGAGAUCUGCCUGGCCGAGUGUGACAUCUACAGCUACAACCCGGACCUGGACUCGGAUCCCUUCGGAGAGGACGGGAGCCUCUGGUCCUUCAACUACUUCUUCUACAACAAGAGGCUGAAGAGGAUCGUGUUCUUCACCUGCCGCUCCAUCAGUGGCUACGCCUACACCCGGCCGGACACCGGGAACGAGCUGGACAUGGACCUGGGUGAGGGGGACACGGAGAAGGGCGACAGCGGGGACCCCGAGGGAGGAGGCAUCGAGGAGGACAGGCUGCAGGUGAUGUGCAUGUGAGAUUCCAGCCCGGAUCCGAGAGGCCACGCGGUGGCACCAGGAACGGACCUGGGAACGGAACCAGUAACAGGACUGAGAAUGGACUGGGAACCAAACCAGCAUCAGAACCGGGCCUGGGACCGGGACAGGAACCGGGAACGGAACCAGCCCCAGGACUGGGAACCAAACCAGCACCGGAACCGGCUCUGGAACCAGCGACAAACUGGGAAUGGAACCGGGAACGGGACCGGCCCCACAGCAGGAACAGGACUGGGAACAGGGCAGGGAAUGGGACCGGCCCCACAGCAGGAACAGGACUGGGAACAGGGCCAGAAAUGGGAUUGGCCUCAAAGCAGGAACAGCUCCAGAAAAGGGAGCAGGAACGGCCCCAAAGCAGGAACAGAUCCGGGAUGGGAUCCAGCCCCGCUCCCCCAUCCCGGCACUGCCGUGUCCUCCCGAACUGGGCUCUGUAUCCCCCCGGUGUGUCCCGGCCCCCGGACACUGGAGCCCCCCGGGCACCCGGAGCCACCUGAGCCGGGACCCUCCGGCCCCCUGGGAGCUCCGGGAAGCUUUGCUGCACUUUAUGGCUCCUCGGCUGCACUGACCCCCCAAUUCCCCCUUUUCCGGACUGCUGACCCCCCAUCCGUCCGUCCUACCACUGCCUGGGGGACCCUCCAGCCCCCCAAAAGCUGCCCCACCUUCCCCCAGCCCCCCCCGAGUCCGUGUGUUUCAAGAGUUCGGCUUCGCUGUUCUCCUGCUCCAGGCUCUGCUUUCCUGGGGGGUCUGACCUGGGACAGGUGAUCCCAGGAUCUGGCAGUGCUCUGGGAUUGGGGGGGGUCCCACCUGCACCUCCCAUGGGGAUCGGGCUCUGGAGUGAGAGAUCCAACCCCCAUCCUAAGGGGGCUUCAGAGCAGGGGGUCCCAUCUGCGCCCCCAAGGGGGAUCUGGGCUCUGGAGUAGGGGGGGUGUCCCACCCCCAUCCCAAAGGGGAACCAGCUGUGGAAUGGGGGGGUCCCACCAGUCCCCCGCACCUACUCCAGGUCUGGAUUCCAGGGUCUGAUUCUGGCCACAUUCCCCCUCCAGAUUGGGGGGUCCAGCUGACCACGCACAACAAGGGGCCACUGAGCCCCCCCAAACACCUGCAGCCCCCCAGGAGUGGGGCAGGGGCCAGGCAGAGCCCCCUGUGCCGUGGGCAUCCCGCUGUUCCCACUGGUGGCUCUUCUGGGUCCUUGGGAUUGGGUUUGUGCCCCCCUCCCACAGGGUUCCCCAGCCCCCUUGGUCCCCCCACUCAAACUGCCCCAGGGAGCUCGGAAUUCCACAGCACUGGAGUGUCCUGCCAAUAAAGGAUUUCUGGGAUUCACCCCCAGUUCCUGGGGGAUUCCCUCUGGGAUGUUGCUGUUCCCCACUGGGGGGUCACUGUCACCCAGGGGGAGUUGGGGUUGGGACCCCCCAUGGUUGGGGAUCCCUUGGCUCCACUUUAUGCUCCGGUUUAUCACUUUAUUCUCUACUUUAACAUCAGUUUGUCCUCUUUUGUCA